AUGCAAUACUCGUGUACAUUAUCAGCACAACGAGCAAGCUGCUUUUCCGGUUCUAGUAUAAUCACACUUGCUGAUGGUACCACUAAACCUCUAUCUCACAUUCAAAUCGGUGAUAAAGUACUUGUCAAUCAACAUAAUAUCUAUGAACCCAUUUUAUCAUUCAUUCAUGCAAAAUCAGAUGGUCUCUUUAGUUUCUUAGCAAUUCAAAUACAAUCAACCAAAUCAAAUUUAUCUUCAACAAUAUUUGUUUCUCCAAAUCAUUUAGUUUUUGACUUUGAUUCAGGUAAAGCAUUGUUUGCUGGGAAAUUUCAUGUUGGCGAUCGAGUUCAGUUUAUUGAUAAUAAUGAAAUUGUACCUGGUGAAAUUGUAAAUAUUGAAUCAAGAAAACAAGAAGGAUACUAUGCACCAUUAACAUCAUCAGGUACAAUUGUUGUUAAUGGAGUUGUUGCUUCAAAUUAUGCAACAGUAAGUAAUCAUGAAUUAGCUCAUCAAGUGAUGGGAAUAUAUCGAUGGUGGAUUGGUUUAUUUGGAGG